CCUUCUGUGCUCGUCUGGGGGUCAUGCUUUCGGUUGUUUCAGCCUCGCUCGUCCGCCUGACACCGCUGCUGACUGCCACCACAACUGCCACUGCCACUGCCACCAUGGCCGUUCCGAUCCAGAUCCAGAUCCAGAACCAGCUACGCAGUCACCUCUCGACCUCGGCGACCUCCCUGACUGCCUCGGCUUCAGCUUCAGUUGCUGCUGCUGGUCCGCCUGCGACCCCAACCCCGCCGCUCGACUAUGCGUCGUACCUGAGCCCUGCAAGCCGCGUGCGCCGCGAGUCUGCCAUCCGCGCGCUCAUGCCAUUCGUCAAGCAGCCAGGCAUGAUCUCGCUCGGAGGCGGAAUGCCCAACCCAGCGACCUUCCCGUUCAAGGGCAUGUCCUACACGCUCGCAGACGGAAGCACCAUCCACUUGACGCCGGAAGAAACGAGCGCAUCGCUGCAGUACUCGGCCACCCCGGGAUUGCCCGAACUCGUUUCUGCUCUCAAGCAAAUGCAGGUCGAGUAUCACUACGGCGACCGAAAGCUCCGGGUUCCAUCCUCCCUCUCGGUCACCGUCGGCUCGCAAGACGGUCUUGGCAAAUGUUUCGAAAUGCUUCUGGGUCCGGGCGACACGCUCCUCCUUGAAAACCCAACCUACAGCGGUUCGCUGUCGGCACUCCAACCGCUUUCAGUCAAGCUGCAUGGAUUGGCUACCGAUGCCUUCGGCUUGAUCCCGGCAUCGCUCGAUUCGGCCCUCACGAACUGGAACGAGGCCACGCAAGGCCGCCGCCCGCGUGUCUUGUACACCAUUCCGACCGGAUCCAACCCAAGCGGGGGCUCCCAGACGCUCGAGCGCAAGCACCGCAUCUACGACAUUUGCCGCCGCCCUGAAAACAACAUUGUGAUUAUCGAGGACGACCCAUACUACUUUUUGCAAUUUACCUCCCCUCGCGUGCCGUCGUACCUUUCGUUCGAUAUUGACGACCGCGUUCUCCGCUUUGACUCGCUGUCCAAGGUGUUGUCGGCCGGAAUGCGCCUCGGCUAUGUGACUGGACCGACUCCUUUGGUCGAGCGCAUCGACUUGCACUCGCAGGCGACCAACCUGCACGCGAGCGGCUCUUCCCAGGCACUCGCCGCUUCGCUGCUCAAGACGUGGAAGACGCAAAUGCCCAAGCCCGAAUUCCUUGCCGGCGACACCAGUGCCCCGUACGACUCUGGCUUGGAUCUCGUCAAGCUGUCCAUCCCUGGAUUUGAGCUCCACGCGCGCCAUGUCGCUCAAUUCUACCGCACUCAACGCGACGCCUUCCUUGCAGCUGCCAAUCGCCAUCUCAAGGGCCUUGCCGAGUGGAACGAACCGACGGCCGGCAUGUUUGUGUGGUUUAAGCUGAACGGCAUUGCGGACACGCGCGAUCUCAUUCUGCGACAGGCCGUUCAAAAGAAUGUGCUGCUUGUGCCCGGCAAUGCGUUUGUCCCUGGCGGUGGUCAAUCGUCGUAUGUGCGCGCCUCCUAUUCGGUCGCCACUCCCGAGCAGAUGGACACAGCCCUUGGUCGUCUGGCAGCGCUUCUCAAGGACGUACAGAAGCAGUAAAACAUUCACAUGUUGGGAUACAAGCAUAUUUCCCUUCCGCACUCCUUGGCCUGUGUUCACCUCGUCCUGGUUGUGUGUGUAUUUCCGAGUUUCUUUUGUUCCCUAAUACACAAUCUCCUCCUCG